UCAUCGGUAACUUAGCGAUUUUGUGAUAAGAUGACGUGUUAUUGUGCAGUUCUCGAAUACAAGUCGGACAAGAACUGUUUUCUCACGCUCCCAGAUGGGUUGAUUUCUGGAAGUGUGUCGGAUCAGAUUACUGUCUUUGAACUUCAAGUGGAAGGUAAAGGCAGCGCAUACUGCAGUUGGUCAGGGGAGACAACUCAGGCAUCAAGUGAUGGAUCGAAGACGGUUUUGCUGAAUGGACUUUAUGCAAACAAACUUGGGAUUGAUCAUGGCUCUGUGGUUGUCCUCAAACAGAUAUCGGGUCUUCUGGAGUGUAAACAAGUGUUUGUGGAGCCAGUGUCUGUAGAUGACUGGGAGAUACUGGAGCUGCAUGCGUCAUUUGUGGAGACACACCUGCUGGAUCAAGUGAGAGUGGUGUGGCAGGGACAGGUAUUACCUGUCUGGGUCAGCUCAUCUACCUGUGUCUUCCUCAAAAUAGGUGCCAUCCAACCUGCUGGACAGUGUGUGCUUCUAGUCAAUAAUACAGAAGUUAUUGUUGAUCCCAAGGUCAGACAUACGUCUCAAGGUCAGGGAUUAGCUCCUCCUCCUGAGACUUCAUCAGCCAGUGGUGAUCAGACUUCCCAGAUGGACCAAUCAAAUCUCAGAAGACUUUCCUCCAAUCAGAAGCAUCAUUCUUCAGAGCCUGCAGGAAUGUUGCAAGGUUUGAGUGAUUAUGUAAAGUCAUUUUUCUGGACGCCUGAGAUUGUGAAAGAUAUGUCCAAACCGACUGUCAAUUCAAGGAAAGACAACUCUGCUAUUUUGGAGAAGACUUUCAGAUGUGGCCUGCGCGUCCAAGCUUUGAGACUAGGAGAAGAGGAGGCGGAGCUUGAAUAUUCAACCAAUGUGUUUGUGAGAUAUUCUGACGUGGCCCCCAAGAACUAUGGAAAUGAUUACUCGACAGCUAAUCCUCUCCCUUCCGUAUUUUUCGCCAAAAUUACAAAAAUUCUGUCUCCUGUUGAAAAGGAGGAAGAAAAAAAAGCAGCUGAACAGAGAGAAGCUGAGAAAGCAAAAGAAACUAAUGCAGGCAACAAAAAACCUCCUUCAAACGCUACAUCAAAUUUGACUAAGGCAACUACCACCAAAGACCUAUGCGUUGUUGUUCGUGUGGUCACCAUAGAAUCGUCGGGUCUCUGCAUGAACUCGAGCUAUCAGGCUGUUGUUCGUGAUAUCUUACGUCAGCAGACGAUUUUAGAAGGUCACAUGAUGAUAUCAGACUUUCUGAGGAGGCAACUAAAACUGGACGUGACUGGCCGUGUGCAGUUAGAAGCUGUUUGUUCUCCACCUGCUGAAAUUGACACAGUCCACUUGUUCCAGAUUUCAUAUUUGCCCAGCAGCAUAAACAGUGAGAUGGUUACCGCAGCUUUCAGGUCAUGGUUACAGAGAGCUCUGACAGAUAAACCAUCCCUUCUCAUCUUCCAGCAAAUGCUCAUCAGGUUUCCAGUCUUACCAGAUUUACACCUGGAGGCCCUUUUGACCUUUGACACCAGAAAAACCAGUGCAUCACUUUCUGCGGAUUAUGCCGUCAUUGAUUUGGACAUGUGCAAGAAUUUGACCAUUGUUGUUCGUGAGAGAGUGAAUGGACGGAGAAAAUGGCCAGAGAUAUCUCACCGUCCGUGUUCCAGCGUCACAGAAUUUGACCCAGCUGUUCCCAAUGUGUCAUUAGAGAAUCUUGGUGGCAUAAGUUACUUAAUACCCAAAGCCUUAUCUCAUAUUGAGAUGUGUUUUGGUCAGCGACCUUUGACCCAGAUUGUGUACCCAUCAAUGAUUGGUCUGAACAUGGGUGUGCUCCUCAUCACAGGGGCUAGAGGCACUGGGAAAAGCACAUUAGCGAAAGCCCUGUGCAGGAAAGUUGCUGGAUUGCCAUGUCUGGCAUACACAAGUGUACUGGAAUGUAAAGGCUUGAAGGGAAAAAGACCUGAGACAAUUCAGAGACUUCUUGAAAAGUUGUUUGAUGAGUUAUCAUGGCGACAGCCAUCCAUUGUGGUUCUGGAUGAUGUGGAUGUUUUAGCGGGGUCAAACAGCGGCCCAGACGAGAUGUCUGCGGAGGCUCAGUACUCUUAUAAAAUGUCUGAAGUGAUACGAACAUUAAUAAAGUGCGAACUGAUCAACAACCCUCAGCUAGCUGUGAUAUUUACCACCAGGUCUCGUACGUCCGUCCAUCUCUCCCUCGUAGCCUCACGUGGCCUGCACAUUAUACAGGAGGUCUUGGAGAUACAACCUCAGGGAAAGCGUGAAAGAAAAGAAAUCCUGGAAGCCAUUUUGCGGUCUAAACCAUCUAUUGAUCCAGAAUGUCUUCCUGAGCUUUUGCAUCAGGAUUUACCCAACAGGAUGGAAGGAUUUGUGGCUCAGGAUUUGAAAACGGUUGUGAACAGAGCCAUACAUGCACAUCACAUGUCUAAUCCAUCAGGUUCUGCCCAAGACAUCUGGCUGACCGGUGAGGACUUUGGGGCAGCCCUGGAGGGAUACACACCUGUAUCGUUACGAAAUGUCACCCUUCAUCAGGAGACAGAUGUAGGCUGGGCCGAUAUCGGGGGACUUGGGGAGGUGAAGAAAACACUGGUGGAAACUUUGGAGUGGCCGACUAAGUACCCUCAACUGUUUGCUAACUGCCCCCUGAGGCUUAGGUCUGGGUUGCUGCUGUUUGGUGCACCCGGAACAGGCAAAACACUGUUGGCACGUGCCGUCGCUAAGGAGUGCGGACUUAACUUCAUCAGUAUUAAGGGCCCUGAGUUGCUAAGUAAGUACAUAGGAGCAAGUGAAGAGGCUCUUCGGGAUACGUUUGCCAGAGCACACAGUGCUAGACCCUGUAUCCUGUUCUUUGAUGAGUUUGAUUCUAUAGCACCCAGACGUGGUCACGAUAGUACCGGUGUGACUGACCGAGUGGUAAAUCAGUUACUCACGCAGCUGGAUGGGGUAGAGAGGUUAGAAGGUGUGUAUGUGCUGGGUGCCACGAGUCGCCCCGACCUGAUUGACCCUGCCCUCCUGCGCCCAGGGAGGCUUGACAAGUGUCUCCACUGUGAGAUGCCCUCUGUGGAAGAACGUUUGGAAAUUCUCACAAGUCUUUCAAGAAAACUGAAACUAGGUGAUGAUGUAGACUUGAAAACCAUAGCCGAGAACUGUGAAAAUUUUACAGGGGCAGAUUUCAAAGCUUUGCUGUACAAUGCUCAGCUUGAGGCCAUUCAUGAAAUGACCCCUGUGUUCAGGAAAAGUAUCUCUAACUCUACAAGUGAAGAUCUUGAAGAGAGGACACAAGUAGUGUGUCAGUCUGUCACUACAGCAGAGAAGAGCUCCUCUGAUUCAAGGAACACAACUCCGCCUGAAGAUAAUGACAGUAAACUAGCAAGACCUGAAAGUUUUGUCACGUACAUCCCAAGACUUGAAGAGGGACCCGUUCAACUUGACCCAGAGGCAGAAAAGCAAUUUUUGCAACAGGUGGGCCAACUCAGUCAGCGUCUGAAGACGUUAAACCUCUACAGAAGUACAACUGGGAGUGUAAGUGAUGCUAGUCCCACACAGAAUGGCCAAUCAAAUGCCUUGAUACAAGUCAGCCAAUCACAUCUCCAGAAAGCUGCAAAGGAGAUGAGGCCGUCUGUUUCAGCUGAAGAAAGACUGAAGUACAAAAUGAUAGUGGGAUUGGGGAUUAGCAUGUAUUCUGUGGCCAUUACUGCCUCUGUGUAUGUGGGUGUGCUGGGUACUGCUGACAACACUGAGAUGACAGGCCAGUCUAAAUCCCUCAGCCUUUACCAGACACUGGCAGGCUGCGGGAUUGUCAAACACAACCCUCAGGACACAAACAGGUGUCUUAGGGAGGGGUGA